AUGGAGGGGUAUCUUUUCUGCCACAUUUAGGUUACGUUUGGGGAAAAAUAUGAACAACCAUGUAUACAGCUUCGGCACUCACAACUCGUGAUCAAAUGAUUCGCAUAUAGCCGCUGUUCUCACUAUUCACCGCGUGACACACCGUAUCUCAAAGUUGAAUUUAUCCGCUCCUCCCAAACUUUGCCAGCGAUUGCAGCUUUCCUCGUCACACGGAUAGCCGUGAUUACUGUUGGGGGGGAAAGAGCGGUGGACUACUGUCACCUUUAGAGUAUUAAAGCGACAUCAUAUCUUGACAUUUUUGCUCGUUUAAGUCAUGUAUGGAUUUUGGUAAUGUCAACAGAACAGGAUAAAGAUAUAUUCUCAAUCAAAAGACACCGAGGUGGAGAUGGUGGACUUGAAGGGUUAGGAGGCCCAAGUGUGCUGCUCGGGAGUCCCGACAAGAAAAAAUGCAAGUCUCAGCAGACUCCCUCCUUCUCCACUCUGACUGAGUAUGCUCCGCCCCCAAACCCCAGCACAGACCACUUAGUGGCAGCCAAUCCUUUUGAUGACAGCUACUCUCCCUCCUUCAAGCCUCUGUCAGUGGGGAACCAAUAUUUCAGCCCCUCACAGUACCCUGGCCUGGGGAGCUAUGGCCCCCCCAGGACGGCCCCUGUCAUGUCUGGAAGGAUGGUGUCUCAUUACAACGGGCCAUACCCAGUGCGGAGCCAGCUGCACCCGUUCCUCCAGAACCAAGCAGGCUUCAAUCGUCCUCCAGGAUUCACCUAUGGGCACCAGGAAAAUCCUACUUUCAGAAACCAGUCUCUGUUCAGCAUUAAGUACAACAACAUGUCUCUUCCACCCAAUCAGCUUGCGCGACCAGGCCUGGGAGACACCAUAAACCAAGUGCCUCUGCAUUAUGUGGUCCACGCUCCUCCUCCAGAACAUACGGGUCCCAGUUCGGGCCCUGAGACCCAUCCCAGUAGGAAUCUUCCACCCAGAACAAACGCAGAUUUCUGUCAGGGCCUCACACACCAGGAGAACAGCUUCUCUCUGUCCAACACCACCACACCUAAAUCAGAAGUGGGGGAUGCGUCCAGCAGAAAGACAUCCCAGAACACAUCUCCACGGAAACCCAGCCAAGUCUCAGAGGAGGUAAGUUGCAGGGACAGCGAUCUCAGGUCCAGGAACAGAGGCUCUUCAGCCAGUCAGGAAGUCAAAGGUCAAAAGCUCAAUGGCAUCGCCCAGGCAGGUAACCCUGGUAACCCCAGUGACCUUGGUAACGAUGCCCCGAAGAUGUCUCCUCAGACAGGCCGGACCAUGGAGCAAGCCCCUCCAGAGAAAAACAUAGCUGGCUGUGGUGGUGGAAGAGGAAUGAGAGGUGAUGGAGGCGAGGGAGCAGGUAAUGGGAAUGGAAGUGGAGGAAGAGCCAAACAUAAGACUGGAAUGCAUCCCAACAGAUCUAGCCUCUCAUUAGCAGAACCUGUGUAUCCGUGUGGAAUCUGCUUGAAUGAAGUAAACGAUGACCAGGAAGCAAUCAUGUGUGAAGCCUUAUGCCAGAAAUGGUUCCACAGGGUUUGCACUGGGAUGACUGAGACAGCCUACAACCUGCUGACAGCUGAAGCCUGGGCUGUGUGGGGCUGCGACUCCUGCAUGAAGGACAAGGGCGCUCUGCUCCUCAGAACCAAGGAGCACACAGUGCCAGUCAGUACUGAAGGGUAGUGCUGCAGGUUUCUGACAGUACUGAGGGGUAGGGCUGUAGAUGGACUAGGAUUUUUACUCUUUGACUUGGCCACUGUUACACAUAUGUUGUUGGAGAUAUUGAAUAUCGACUUUGUUUUUCUUUCAGCAUUUUAUAUUAUUUGGGAAGAUGUAGCAAUAUUGUCCCAUGCUUCGGCAAACGCGAACGCUUGAUAUUUCUCGAUACUGUAAUCUUUAUUCCCUUUAAUUAGAGGGGUUUUAUGUCAUGCUUCUAUGUCAUGUUUUACUCUACUUUUAAGUAUUGCAAACUGAAGUAUUACAAACUUAUGAUCCCUUACAAUCUUUUAGUCGGACCCAGUAAUGAAAAGGUCCGUCUAAGCUCGCAGAAAAUAUAAUUUCUGAAUUAAAACUGUAUUAAACCUGACAUUGUCUUUAAAAUGUAUAUCUGAGGUACUUUUAUCCUUGCACAUGUAACUUUAUUCGUUGACUAGAAAUGUUGGAUUACGGCAUAACUGCUGUUAUUGAAUGUAUUUGGGGCAUUGAUGAAGUUAUUAUCCAGAUACAGUUUAUUCAAAUGAAUAUGCAUAAAGAGAAUAUUUUUAACGAAGGUUUUUACAUUAUGUGCACUUUGCUUCAUAUUUCAUUAUUGUGUGAACAAGUUUAUUUUUCAAAUAUUUCAGAUUGUUGGACCUAUAUUCCCUUAUUGGAAAUACAUGAUUGAUGCUGAAAUGACAAGUUUUUUGUAUUGCAAGUCAAAUCAUUUUGGAAUUGUUUUAAAAUCAAGUUUCUUUUUUCUUAGGCCUACCUACUUUUUGAGGUAAAUGGAAAUAUCGGUUGGCCUAUUUUUCAAGUACAGCUCAUGGUUAUUUUUUUCUGUGUCUACUGUUAGUAUAUCCAAAAUUGUAAUUUGGUGAAUUGUUGAUCAAAUAAAUGUUUCUAAAUUGGA